AUGGCGCUUAGGGACAAAAAAGGAAGGUUUCUUGGUGUCAAAAAGAAAAAAACAAACACCAGUCCUUCAAGAAGAAAAAAAACAACAUAUGAAGGCGACCAUGAUUAUUUAUCGGGACUAAGUGAUCAUUGUUGUCCGCCUCAAAUUAACAUCGAUUUGGGGAAUAAUGUCGAUAGGAUUGGAUGGAGGGAGGGACGUCGCAUUGUUGAAUUUGAUGUCCUAUUGUCUAGUUUAAAAACAUGUAAGUUCUGCAAAUUAGGUCCCGUGCCGUUAAUUAUUUAUAAUAUCGUUGGUGAAUUGAAGAAAGGACUCGGGGGGUAUUUGUAUGUAAAAUGCAUGAACCCUGAGUGUGAACAGAUAAACUGUGCACCAUACGGCAAAACACAUCGCCAGAAGAAAAAAGGCAUGCCCUGUUUCGUUGCAAACACAAAGCUUUGUACAUCCAUGAUUGACAGUAUAGAGGGCCAAACAGGGUGAAUAAUUUCCUAUCAACAUUAAAUAUAAAACCCAUCGAUCAAAAGAACUUAAAGUCCAUGGAACGCCGAGCAGGGCAAAAAAUUGAGGAGGUAGCCAAGCAGAUAGAGCAGCCAAAGAAACAUAUAAACUAGA